CUUCCUUCGAUAUCCUUGUUUUUCAGCAUUGUCGGUAAAAUCCAUCGAGGUAUGUGUUAUUUGCUGAUUUCUCUUCUUCUACAGCCUCACAGCUAGUCUGGGAGAGCAAAUCGCUGCGGAUCCGGUCUUCCAAUUCCCCGGAGUUGCGACCGGAGAAGCUUCUUAUAAUGCACAAAAAGUCAACGGAAGGCCGGCAAUCCAAAGCGAUACGCGUCUCUCAUCACGGCACGGGCUGAAGAACCCUUUUGAUUGUUGCAACCAUUAGGGCACUCUUUGCGCUCGAGGACUACUGGUGGCUGACUUUUAAUGGGUUGAAACCUCCCUCUCCCCGAGGGUGGUGUUUUUACCUGUUUGCAAUUUAGAUACCUCAUCUCCAGUUGAAUCCCUCGAUUUGAGAAUCUCGAAUUCCAUCAACAAACUACCGUCAAAAUGGUCAAGACCUCUGUUCUCAACGAUGCGCUCAACGCCAUCAACAACGCUGAAAAGUCUGGCAAGCGCCAGGUCUUGAUCCGUCCUUCUUCCAAGGUCAUCAUCAAGUUCCUGAGUGUCAUGCAGAAGCACGGCUACAUUGGCGAGUUCGAGGAAGUCGAUGACCACCGUUCCGGCAAGAUUGUCAUCCAGCUCAACGGCCGUCUCAACAAGUGCGGUGUCAUCAACCCCCGCUACCCCGUCCAGCUCGGUGACCUCGAGCAGUGGGCUGUGCAGCUCCUGCCCUCUCGUCAGUUCGGUUUCGUCGUCCUGACCACCUCCGCCGGUAUCAUGGACCACGAGGAGGCUCGUCGCAAGCACGUUGCUGGCAAGCUCCUCGGUUUCUUCUACUAAAAAGUUUCCCAAAAUGAUCUGUUUUUUUUUUUUUUUUU